UCUUCUUUUGUACCAUGAUAACAUACCCUAUCGCUGUGUCAAUACUCGGUUCUUAUUUUGUGCUUAUUAUUGCACUUGUAUGGCGAGUCAAAUCACAACUUAUAAAGGCUUAUGGCCAACGAAACACAACUCUCUUUUUUGGCUUGUCCCUUGUUUCUUUGGCUGCUACAUGGACUUACAUGUUCAAGUUUUUUGCCUUUAUCGCAUCAUGUACCCCUUUCACUUGACUCGAUAUCUUAUUGGCUUCAUGAUGUCUCUUUAUUUGAUAGUGCCUGGAGACAGGUAUCUGUAGGGCACUGGCAAUGGUUAUGGAGUCAUCAAUUAUGUAGUCUGACUGUGUCUGUCUGGACCCCUAUUUUAGCCAUUGAAGGCAAUCGUCGUGGUAUUCCCUACAUUUGGGCUUAUAUGUUACUAGGUCAAGUCGUGGCCAUCUCUGUGGCUUCUUCCUUGUUCUUUGCAGUCAUGUUGGCCUAUACGCCUACACAAGAACCUUCUUAUGGUCUAUUGAAGCGUAUUGCUGCUUGUGUGGUUGGUGGAUUAAUUACGGUCAUUUUAUCCCCCUUUGUUGCUGAGGGUGAUGGAUUUAUGCCUAAUCUUUUAGUGAUGCAUAUCUUAUUGAUUUUGCCUUUGAUGAGAUCCAAUACCACCCCUCAAAAGCCCUCUCAGGCCAUUAUGAUGAUGUACACAUUAGCUGCGGGUGCUAAUCUCGCUAUCUAUGUCAACCAAUGGUUUGAAUGUAUCUUUAGUCUCUCUUCCUUCUCUCUUUCUGGCAUGUUGGAUGCAUGGAUCACUGUCUUUUUCCAUCACCCUGCUCAAUCAAGCAUUAGUUCAGAUAUUGUCUGUAUGCAGCUUAUUUCUAUUGCUUGGAUGUGGACACAACAUACUUCCAUCCUUUUGAUAUCACUCACACCUAUCUUUUCUGCUUCUGUCACAUUACCCUUACAUUUUGCAUGGACAGAAUAUCAAAAGAGUAUCAAAGCCAAAUAAUAAAAUGUAU